CGGCGGCCAUUGUUUGUGAUUUUGUGGACGUCAGUGUCUGAGGAAAAGUCUUGAAGAUAAUUUUUUAUCUUAUUUAGUGCACUCAGCUCCUCAUAUCACUAUCAAUUGAGCACAUCCACCAACGGAGAGCCUUCUGCCAGUGGAGUUGAGUGCGAAAGUGCGCGACAGAGCAAUUAAAUCACACCGCGAGUCCAGAGAAAGCAGCGAAAAUGGCCAGCCAGGACACAUCGGCCUCGGGAUCGGGCGUUAACAAUUUCCCCGUUUUGCCGCCGCCGCCCAGCAACAGCGCCGCCGCGCCCGGAGGCCAGGCGGGCGCCGGCAACAAGCGGCUGCAGCAGACCCAGGCGCAGGUGGACGAGGUGGUGGGCAUCAUGCGGGUGAACGUGGAGAAGGUGCUGGAGCGCGACCAGAAGCUGUCGGAGUUGGAUCAGCGGGCGGACGCGCUGCAGCACGGCGCGUCGCAGUUCGAGCAGCAGGCCGGCAAGCUGAAGCGGAAGCACUGGUGGGCCAACAUCAAGAUGAUGAUCAUCAUGGGCGUCAUCGGGGUGGUUCUCCUUAUCAUCAUCAUCGUAUCACUCUUGCCAUCGUCCUCAAGCACCAACGCACCAAUUGAGUCGGCACCGAACGACGCGGGACAUUAAGAAGCACAAGCGAUCAAAAAAAAUGCGUAGAAUUGAGGGAGAAGAAAGAGAAGAGUGAAGGGAGAAAAUGGGCACACGAGGAUUAAUAACUAAAACAUGAGAGAGAAGUUAGUAAAUAACAAUAAAUGUCAUGUGGAAAUCGAAGUUAAUUUGCGCGAUUUCAGUGGGUAAAAAAAUAAGAAGGAAUGGAAAGUAUUUCCGGGGGUGGGAAAAGUGCCUCUUAAUUGUAUUGUAAAAACAUUAUUCCUGAUUACUGAAUAUUUCUGUCGCAUAAGGUAAAUUAGUUCCGUGCAGAACUAAAAAGGCAAACUUGAGUGUCAAAAGAUACACAUAUAAAUUAUAUAACACAAUAAUAAUGGAUAAAUAUAUGUUGGAGGAGAGAAAAGCUUGA